AUGAACAUUGCAGCUAGAUCCAUCUUCUGGGUUGUCACCUUUGGGACAAUUGGCUAUGGCCUCUUCACAUUUGUCAAACCUGAUGAUGAACUUCUUAAACAGUUGGAUCAAGGAUCUAAAUUUACCGAUGCUAGAAGAGUAAGUCGUGAUACCGUAAACGUUUUGAAAGAAGCUGCCAACCCGAAUUCCGAUAUUAAAAGACUGAGCAGGCGAGACGCUCAGCGCUUAGAGAAACUGCAAAAAGCGCACAAGGCGAGAGAAGAGGUUGACGCUACCAAUGAAAAUGAAGAUUAUUUCUCAGGCGCCUUUAAAAUAAGAUCAGAGUCGGUUGAACAACUACUAUCGCAAAUACCUACAUUAGAAACUCAUAUCCUGCCGCAGCAUUUUGACAACAUUAAGCAUGAAGUCAACGAAUUACAAAAGUUUGUUGUCACAUCCUCCUUCUUCCUUAAGGAGUUCAACAUGCGCAAAUAUUUAGGCAUAGUUGCCAACUUGCAAACGAAAUGCUACGAAUUAGAAGAUAGAUAUGUCCCUCGUAAAAAAUUUGGUUUCACAAGAAAGAAGCUUCCCAAAAGCCAUAGUCAAAAGCAACCUUCGAUAGAUGAAAAUGACAGUGCAGGCAAAACCGACAGUAACAAAUGGGACGAUAAACUCUUCGGUUUUGACUCUCAAGAAGACAAAGUUUUAUCAUUAGAGAACGACGAGUUAUUUCAACGUGACGUCUCAUUGAGGAAUUUGAAAAACUGUACAAUUGGUUUAAAAGGUGUAAUGGGGACAUUGCAUUUAACUAACUUAGAUAACUGUAUUGUGCUUUCCGGGCCAGUCACAUCGUCAGUCUUUAUGGAAAAGUGCACGAAUUGUAAGAUUGUGACAGCAUGCCAGCAAUUAAGAAUGCACAGUUCGAUUAAAUGCGAUAUUUAUUUGCACGUAACGAGUAAAGGCAUCGUCGAAGAUUGUUCAAAUAUCCGCACUGCUCCGUACAACUUGCACUACGAAGAUUUAGAUAAGCACUUCAAUAUGUCCUCAUUAAACAGAAAUUCUAAUAACUGGGAUUGCUUGGACGAUUUUAAUUGGCUAGCGCCGGAUGUUCCCUCGCCUAAUUGGUCAAUUCUGGAUGUUACACAGCGUGUAUGCAAUUGGAAUGAUUGGUGGUCUAAAACACCAUUAUAAUAUUAGUAUAUCAGUAGAUUUUUCAAAACCUUUAGAUUUGAAAUCUUCCUUACCGGAUAAGAAUACAUACUUACAACAGUGCCUAAUUUUAAUUUUAUUAAAACGGAAUGAUUCAUUUCAUACAAAUCUGUGAUUUUUCAUCACAGAUUUGUAUGAAAAAACAAAGAGACUCGCAAGGUCUGUGAUUACCAGUUAAAUUAAUCAUAAAAGAGUGAAAAACGUUUAAAGAAGAAGUUCAGAGUACCAGUUCAUGCUGGAAAUUAAUAAAAAAAAUUGUAUUUGCAUUUAAAAAUACUUUAUUGAUAAAUGGUAUAACUGACGGAAUAUUUGAUAGGUAUGCCGCGAUUUAUUUUGGGGCAUAUUUCUUAAUCAUAAUGUUAAGGACACAAAAAUACGCUAACACCAUUUAAAUUAAACGCAACUUGAUUUUGUCUGCUUAUUUGUUAAGAACUUAUCAAAAAAAACUAAGUUUUAGUAGUUUAUGAACUAGUACUCUCUGAAUUUAAGUUAUCGCACAUCUAACAGUAAUAAUAACAGUAUAAAUAUACGAAAUAUUAGUACUAUUAUUAUACUGUUACUUUCCAAUGACAAUCCACGAUUACUUAUGUCACCCGUAGUUUUUAUUUACGGUCUUGAGCUUGCCUGUGGUUCCUAAUUUCAGUUAAACCUCUGCACUAUUCCAAACGUCGACAUCUGAGUUUUUGAAUUUGAAUCAAAAACCGUAUCAAAAAUAGUUAAUCAAAAGAACAUGAAACUUCAACCUUUGAAGGAUGAAAUAAAAAUUAUGAAAUGUUGCUCUUAAGAUGUGCGAAUUCUUACUUCAUUGUGACUUCUGGCAAAAUAUUUUUUUCCUUAUAAGCCGAAGGAGAUUUUUGUAAUUUGUAAUCAACUUUCAUAGUUUAUUGGUCGGAUAUUAGGUACUACCAAUAACCAAUAAUUUAGAAUAAAUUGCGUAUAAAUACAGACAUAUAACUGCAUAGUUAACAAAAUAUAGAAGCUUUUAUUAAAUUUAAUUUUAUGAAACAAUAAAGAGUUUGUAUAUU